UUUAGGACAACAACUUGGCUUCUGAGAAUUUGUGAAGGGAUUUUUUUUUAAUUUUCUGCCAUUUGUUAGACAAUAUUAAUGGAUGGAUAAUGACAAUAAGUGUAAUCACCCUACAUUAUGUAUCACCUGAGGGUGCCUGUGCUUCUCCUCAUGCUGCUUGUGCUGCUGCGCUGCGUCACCGCUGCCCCAAGCUACAGGUACUUCAGUCCAAGCUCAUCUGGCGAGCUGGAAAGUGCUCUCCCAGACGGUGACGGCUGGUUAGCUCCUGGGCUAAUCUCCAACCCGUUCCUCAGCCUCAUGGGUACACGGCCGGAGAGGGGGCUCACAGCUAUGAACAGUCACCACGUUGAGAAGAGGAAAUGCAACACAGCCACCUGCGUCACCCAGAGGCUAGCAGACUUCCUGGUGCGCUCCAGCAACACUAUCGGUACCGUGUACGCGCCGACCAACGUGGGAUCUUCCACCUACGGCAAGAGGGACCUACUGCAGCCUCGCAGCUACCUGCCUCUCUAGUACCGACUGAGGAACCUCCACCAGCACUCCCAGUGCUCCAAUGAUAUAACCAGACAUCUUAUGUAACAAUGAUUGUGACAAUGACGUUACUAACGAUGACAUCGAUAGUGAUGAUGAUGAUUAUGAAGAGUUUUCUUGUUUAUUUUAUAAGCUUUUAAAAAAACAGUGCCUUUAAUUUAAACCAUCAAAGUCCAUAUAUGUUUCUUUUUUCUUUUUUUUGCAUUUGCAUUUGUGUGUUGUGACUCUGUUAAUGCUGUUCCACAAUGGCAUGAUGUGAAUAUAACAAUACAUCAGAGUAAAUAAUAAAAAAAAAGAAGAAAAAAAAAACAGAUGUAA